AAAUUGACCCUUCUAUGCUUCGUUCAUAUCGUCAGAUUAAUAAGACAAACGACGUUAAUUGCACCCCGAAAUCUCGCUUGCGAACCGAUAUUUAGCGAUGAUUCCUAGAUGGUUAUCGCACUGAUGCUAUCAAUCUCCCCAUAACGCGUCUAGGAUUUAACCAACAAUGGCGCCCCCUACGAUCCUCGCCCACAAAUCCUCUUUCCUAACCGCCCAAACCCUCCAGCUCUCCCAGUCCCUAACGCCCAGCGCCACCUGGCGCGCCUCCAACAGCCAGGUCGCCGAGGGCGGGCUACCCGAUAGACUAGUCGACGAGGUGCUAUACCGCGCUAACCACGUGUUGCUGCAGCAUGCGCGCCGAGUAUACGCUCCCCAGGCCAGCCGGCAUGUCGCCGAACAGAUCGAAGCUUUGUAUCUGGAAGCUGCAGAGAAAGCUGUUCGAGGUAAUGGUGCGGGGGUAGGCGGCGGCGGCGGCGAAGAAGAAGAGGAUGGAGACGAGGGGAGAGAAAGGGGGGAUGAGGGGGCUAGAUUUUUAAGGGUUGGUGCCGAUUUUGCAUCCGACGACGUCGUCGCCGCCCUACCCAGCACAUGGGACCUGCACUCUGCCACCCAAGCCGCAGCACACCCCGCCGAAGCAAACCGAUACGCGGAUCUCGCAUCGACGCUUACAUCCCUCGCGACACAACGCAAGGAGGCUUCCUCGCGCCUCGAGCGUCUACGUCGGAUGCGUGGACUCCUCGCCCCUUUAACAUCAUUCCCCACAUCCGCUUCUUUUCCUCCUUCUUCCUCCUCCUUCUCCGCAUCCACCUCCGCCCCGCCUCCCACUUCCAACGUUGGGGGAGUUAUAGAUGCGAUGGACGGAAUAGAUAAGGUUCAACCUAAUCUAGUAACCCGCGAGGGCGAGUUAGAGAAAGAGCUCGAGCGCAUGCGCGUCCUACUCGUGCGCGUAGCAGGCCGCGUCGCGCAGUUACCUGAUGCGGGACCGGGGACUGGUGAGGAUACCGCGAUGGAAGACUUAGAGGCUAUAGAGCGGGGAAAGGUUGAGAAGUUGCUUGAUGAGUUUUAGAGGCGUAAAUGCUAACUCUCCGUUUGAUGAUGAGGCUUUGAGAAUGAGGCGUUAUGGUAUGCUGGGUCGCUUGUUGAUUUGUUAUGUACUGAUUAUGAUACCCCUAAAAUUUAUGGAUAGAUGAAAUUUAAGUAACUUCACUAAAUGUAAUAAAUUUAGCUAAAUGCGAU